UACACCUGACAAGAGACACAGAGAAAGAAAGGCUUCGACGAGGCCGGAAUGAUGGGGUUCUCCAGAGGGGUUGUUUUCCUCCUACUCCUGUACCUGCUUCAGCGGUCAGACACCUCCUUGGUAAAGCUGAAUGAGAAUGGUUAUGAAGACAUUAUUAUUGCCAUCGAUCCUGCCGUGCCCGAAGAUGUAACAAUAAUUGACCAAAUAAAGGACAUGGUGACUAAAGCAUCUGCAUACCUUUUUGAAGCUACAGAAAAAAGAUUUUUUUUCAAAAACAUCUCUAUAUUAAUUCCUGAGAAUUGGACAAACAGUGACCAGUACAGGAGGCCAAAGCAGGAAAGCUACAAGCAUGCGGACAUCAAAGUUGCACCUCCUGCUCUCCAGGGCAGGGAUGAGCCCUACACCCGGCAGUUCACACAGUGUGGAGAGAAAGCUGAAUACAUCCACUUCACUCCCGACUUUGUCCUGGGGAGAAAACAAAAGGAAUAUGGAGAUUCAGGAAGACUGUUGGUCCAUGAAUGGGCCCAUCUUCGCUGGGGAGUAUUUGAUGAGUACAACGAAGACCAGCCAUUCUACAGUGCUUCAUCAAAGAAAAUCGAAGCAACAAGGUGUUCCCCAGGUAUCAAGGGUAUGAAUAAAGCCUACAUAUGCCAAGGGGGCAGCUGUAUAACCAGAAAUUGCAGACGGAAUUCCACCACACAGUUAUAUGAAAAAGAUUGUCAGUUCUUCCCGGAUAAAGUUCAAACAGAAAAGUCAUCUAUAAUGUUCAUGCAAAGUAUCGAUUCAGUGACUGAAUUCUGUAAAAAAGAAAACCAUAAUCAAGAGGCUCCAACUCUACAUAAUCAGAAGUGCACUUACAGAAGCACAUGGGAAGUAAUCAGUAAUUCUGAGGAUUUUAAAAACAGCACACCCACGGAGAUGCUACCCUCUCCACCCUUCUUCUCGCUGCUGAGGAUCAGUGACAGAAUUGUGUGCCUAGUGCUUGAUGUGUCUGGGAGCAUGGCUUCUUCUGAUCGCCUCAAUCGAAUGAAUCAAGCAGCAAAAUUCUUUCUACAGCAGAUACUUGAAAGUAGGUCCUGGGCAGGGAUGGUACACUUUCAUAGCUGGGCCACUGUUAAGAGUGAGCUGAUCCAAAUAAACAGUGAUGUGGAGAGAAACCAGCUUUUGGAAACCUUACCUACAAGUGCCAGCGGAGGGACGUCCAUCUGCUCUGGAAUCAGAACUGCAUUUCAGGUAUUUACAAAUAAAGGAUACCAAACUGGUGGGGCUGACAUCUUGCUGUUGAGUGAUGGGGAGGACAGCACAGCCGGUGCCUGUCUUGCUGAGGUGAAAGACAGCGGAGCUGUAGUUCAUUUCAUUGCUUUGGGACCAUCAGCUGAUAUAUCUGUAACAAACAUGACCACCAUAACAGGUGGAAAGCAUCUGCUUGCUUCAGAUCUAGGCCAGAACAAUGGACUCAUUGAUGCUUUCGGGGCUCUGGCUUCAGAAAAUGCUGAUGUCACCCAGAAGUCCCUUCAGCUUGAAAGCAAGGGUUCCAUAUUGAACAACAGUCAAUGGCUGAAUGACACUGUCGUUAUUGACAGCACUGUGGGAAAGGACACAUACUUUCUUUUCACCUGGAGCAAACAAGUCCCUACCAUUCAUCUCAGGGAUCCCAAAGGAACACAAAUCACAAAUUUCACAACCGACAUAGCUUCCAAAAUGGCCUAUCUCACUAUCCCAGGAAUUGCUGAGGUCGGCCUUUGGACUUACAACCUUGAAGCCAAAGUAGACUCAGAGAUACUAACAAUUACAGUAACCUCUCGGGCAUCACGUCCUUCUGUGCCACCCAUCAUUGUGAAUGCAAAAGUAAACACAGACAAUAACAGUUUCCCCAGUCCAAUGAUUGUGUAUGCAGAAGUUGUACAAGGGUACACUCCCAUCAUUGGAGCACGUGUGACAGCUACCAUAGAAUCAAGUAAAGGAAAAACAGAAGAGCUAGUACUGCUGGACAAUGGUGCAGGGGCUGAUGCUUUCAAGGAUGACGGGGUCUACUCCAGGUACUUCACGGCUUACUCAGAUAAUGGCAGAUAUAGCUUAAAGGUCCGCGCAGACGGAGGAACAAACUCUGCCCGGAGAAGUUCACGGCAUCCGUCCAGCAGAGCGGCAUACAUACCAGGCUGGGUAGUGGAUGGAGAAAUUCAAGGGAACCCACCCAGACCUGAAACUACUGAGGACGCUCAGCCGGUCCUGGAGAAUUUCAGCAGGACGGCAUCUGGAGGCGCCUUUGUGAUGUCCAAUGUCCCAACUGGUUCAUUUUCUGAUCCGUUCCCACCAAAUCAAAUCACAGACCUCCAGGCCACACUUGAUGGGGAAAAGAUCAGUCUUACAUGGACGGCACCAGGAGAUGACUUUGAUGUUGGAAGAGUUCAACAGUAUAUCAUAAGAACAAGUGAAAAUAUCAUUGACCUCAGAGACAAUUUUAAUAAGUCUCUUCAGGUUAAUACUACUCACCUGAUACCAAAAGAAGCCAACUCCAAGGAAACCUUUGCCUUUAAACCGGAAACUACCUCAGGAGAAAACGCAACCUACAUAUUCAUUGCCAUUGAAAGUGUUGACAAAAGCAAUUGGCACUCAGGACUGUCCAACAUCGCACAAGUAGCACUGUUCACCCCUCAGGCAGAUCCUGUCCCUGAGGAAAGUCCCCAGUCUGGAGUUAGUAUCACUACGAUUGUGCUGUCUGUGGUGGGCUCCAUCGUACUAGUUUGUAUCAUUGUAAGUACCACUGUUUGUAUCUUAAAGAGAAAAAGGUCCUCCUCAGGGCCUGCAACAACAUUUUAAAAAGCAACGUGAAUAAAAAGGGAUUUCUGAGAUUUUAAAGUAUAUGCCAUGUGAUCAUGAACUCAACAUUAGUUUCAAGAGGGUCUAAAAUAACACGUUAAGCACACCCAUUCUGUGAAAAACUACCAAUAUUAAUGUUCAUAAUUUUAUUCACUUACCACGGUGAUAAAUAAAACUGAUUUUUAUAUUGAUC